GGACGCUUUGAUUUUCGUUUAAUCAUCGGUCAAGGCUUUCCGUGCGUAGCUGGUUUUGUUUAAUAUUGAAAUCGUCACUCAAAUGAGCAAUGAGUUUGAUUGAAUGUUGGUUGUUUUUGUUCUCAAUUGGGAUAGUAAGGAUGGCAUUAUCCACAGAACCAGAUAACGCCUGUCUUACUGGAAAGGCACAACAGGGGAGAUGCGUACACAUAGAUAGUUGUCCAGAGCUUCGAAAGAUUGCUUAUGGUACCGCAGUUUCAAAAGCAGAACAUCUUUACCUUCAUGCUCACAUUUGUGCACCACUAAAGGUCUGUUGUGAAAAACCUGUUGAAGGCAACUCAGCGAAAGAUAGUACAACUACCGAAAGUAUCGUAGAACCACCGCCUACUCUACCAGAUGAAACGGAUUGUGGACUUGACAAUGCUGCACAGCGGAUCAUCGGCGGAGAAGAAACCGAAAAGGAACAGUUCCGUUGGACAGUAGCCUUAGAGUACAAUCAAGGGAAAAAACAAGGCAUUCUAUGCGGAGGGUCUUUGAUCAACACAAAAUAUGUGAUUACGGCAGCUCAUUGCGUUGCAAACGUAACAGUAAAAGAACUGACAAUUCGACUUGGUGAAUGGGAUCUUGGAAAUAACCCAGAUUGCGAAGAAGAUGACGACCAAGAUUGCAAUCCUGAUGUAGUGAACGCGACCAUCAGCAAAAUAAUUAUUCAUCCCAGAUACGGAAACCAGAGAAAUGACAUUGCAUUGCUUAGGUUGACGGAAGCUCUUCCAGAUAACUAUACGACCCAUAUUUUGCCAAUAUGUUUGCCUUCAUCGGCGGAGCUAAGGCAAAAUUCUUUUAGCGAUAAAAAUGUAAGCGUGGUUGGUUGGGGACAAACUGAAAUGGCGUCGAGAAGCCAACUCAAGAUGUAUGCAAAAUUAAUAAUAAUAAGCCUAAUGGAAUGUGCAGAAGAUUUAAGUGAUUUUAAUGUAGUGCUGAAUGGAAUGCACAUUUGUGCAAGAUCUGCAACGGAUAGCAUUCGUGAUACCUGCGGUGGAGAUUCGGGAGGUCCCCUGCAAAUUCAGCUGAAUGGAAAUUACUAUCUCAUUGGAGUCGUGAGCUUUGGGCCACCAUGUGGAAGAACAUUACUGCCAGCGGUGUACACUAGGAUUACCUUCUACAUGGAUUGGAUAUUGGAGAAUAUCGUCCAUUGACAUCAUCGGGGAUUUUUUUGAGAAGUGAUCUUCGCUAGACAUAUUUUGUUAGUUUAUAUUUUAACAGAAAAGAAAAAGAUAGUUCACUUAUUGAAGGUUAAUUGUGAG